CCUUGUUGCGUUGCGUGACAGCUGUUCUCAAAUGUCGCUGGGCGUUUCGGUCAUUCCGGUUCCUUCCAGUUGUUAAACUUGAAUUUAUUAUGGGGUUUUAUGGAAGUUACAGUAGACUACAUCAUAAAUGAAAGUUUCAGAAGUGGGAAAAGGAAAAAAACUGAAGUACUUUCAGAGUAUGUUUAUUUUAAAACGAUGCUUUCUGAAGAGCAUCGGAACCAAGGACCGGUCCCUGCAAGGCUGUCCAAAGUGCUUUCAGCUAUAUUUUAUGCCAUUAGUUCGCUGUUAAUUAUCCUUGUAAACAAGUCGGUACUUACAAGUUACAGAUUUCCAUCAUCUAUGGUACUUGGCAUUGGGCAGAUGGCGACCACGGUUAUUAUACUAUAUGCAGGGAAAAUGAGUACUGUUAUUCAUUUUCCAGACUUUGAUCAACAAAUACCUCAAAAGGUGUUUCCUUUACCUCUGUUGUACGUUGGAAAUCACAUCACUGGAUUAGCGAGCACAAAGAAACUAAGCUUGCCAAUGUUCACUGUCCUGAGGAAAUUUACCAUAGUGUUAACAAUGGUCCUGGAAGCAAUUAUCUUAAGAAAUCGCUAUAGUUUCCCAAUUAUAUGCAGCGUUUUUAUAAUGACGAUAGGAGCUUUUGUAGCAGCAAGUUAUGAUCUUGCUUUCAGUUUGGAAGGCUACAUCAUCAUUUUGUUAAAUGAUGUCUUUACAGCUGCUAAUGGAGUAUAUACUAAACAGAAAAUAGAUUCAAAGGAACUUGGAAAGUAUGGUGUUCUCUACUACAAUGCCUGUUUCAUGGUUUUACCAGCAGUACUGAUCUGCUUUUGGACUGGGGACCUUCAGCAAGCAGCGGUUUUUGACAAAUGGACUGAUUUCAUAUUCAUCAUUCAGUUUCUGCUGGCAUGCCUAAUGGGGUUUAUUCUAAUGUACUCUAUAAUUCUGUGCAGUUACUACAACUCAGCACUCACAACAACAGUAGUCGGAGCUGUGAAGAAUGUAUCAGUUGCCUAUGUUGGAUUGUUUUUUGGAGGUGAUUACAUCUUUUCUUGGUCGAACUUCACUGGGUUGAAUAUCUGUUUGGUUGGAGGACUGCUGUACUCAUUUCUAACAUUCCGUGGCAGUGGACAAAAGCAGGCAGCAACAAACUCAAGUGUUUCUAAGGAAUCUUUUGACAUUUAUUCCCUCAAUGAGAAAACAGGAAACCAUUUUAAAAACUGUACAGUAACUGAUCCAGAGGAAGGAGUCAGAUAAGAAGAGUGCUUUUAAAAUGUCAGGGUGGAACACUUUUCUUUACAAAGAUGCCAGGCUAAAGCAGAGAAGCACCUGUAUUAUCUUCUGUAAACACAGAAACCUUUGCCAUCUUGGCACAUUGAGCUAUGAGACUCUUCAAAGGUUGACAUCAGCCAUAUUGUCAAGAGUGUUGUUGGAGGGGGGAUGUCAUCAUGUCAUCCCUCUGUAUGUCUUGAAUUGCUUGACUCUUAAUAUUUGUCCACUUUCAUGUUUUUGUCAAGUGCCAACAUCCAAUUCAAUUAUUAGAGCAUCUCUGAUGUAUCUGUUUACAUACACCAAAAAAAAAAAUGAAGACUGCUGUAGAGUUCAGCUAAUCUGUGCUACAGCCAAGUGCCAGGGCAGUGAUAUAUGACUGCUGCCUAAGAAAUUCCUUCAUGUGUGAGCCUCAUUGUCAUAUACCAGAAGCCAAUGACUCCAAUCACUCAGGAAGCAGAACCAGGGUUGCUAACUACUCUUUCCAUCAGAGUGUGUAGCUUUACGAUACAUGAGCUAUUUUGUUUUCCUAGGAUGCAUCUGGUAUGUCUGUUGAAAUUAAAUAAAACAAAUGGAUUCAUUAUUAAGGUUGGAAGACAGGCAUACUAUUACCCAUCAUUUUUAAAUGUUAAUAAUUUUGAUUCAGGAAUGAGUUGUUUACAUACUAAGUAUACCACUCAGAGUACUCUGACUUCCCUGUUGUAAAGGAGCAGAUGUGGAACCAGAUACUCCCUUUGAAGUUACUAAAGAAAUUUGCCUUCAAGGUCUGUGUGGUGCAAUAAGAUCAAUCUGGCAAGGCAACCUUUGCUACACUGACAAGGCUUACAGUUUGUGUUUUUCUUCUUACAUGCUAGAGUUUCCCCACAUUGCUUUUACUAUAUUUGCUAAUGUUGAUAACACUCAGUGCAAAUGGCAUCCAGCCAUAAUUUUUUCAUUCUUUCUUUUGUUGAAUACAAGGGUAAUGAUUUUUGAAAUACAGUUCAAAAAUUAAAUAUAUUGUAAAUAAGUAAUAUUAUUUUAUUUAAAAAUAACCAGUGAUCAUUGCUCAAACUUACCCCGAUAAUUUAGCAAAUUUCUAGUAAGUAGUACUGUAUUGAAACAUGCAGGAAUUGGGUAUAAUGGAUUUAUAGACAGUAAGAACUUUCUUUGAGGAAGACUGUUACAUUAGUUUGACUUCUAAUAUUUCCACUGACAUUUUUCAUUCAAUAGACGCUCUUCCAGGAAUGUUAGUGCAUUGUAAAGUACAUUUCAUUCCUGCAUACAUGUGUUAUUGGCCAGCAUGUUACUUUCAUAAAUACAGCAUUUAUCUCAUGAUAUCUUCAGUUCUUCCAACAGAUUAAAAACUGUUAGGUGUUCUAUUUUGUGUGCCCAUCACAUGUAACUGUUAGUUGAAAUCUGAAAGCCUUUAUAAGUCAGAUGUAGUUUUUUUUUUCUUGUUUUCACACCAGCAUGCAUGGUAAAUAAUGUGUAGUUUUGAAAUGAAAGUGGAUAAUUUUUAAAAGUUUACAGUUGGCUCAAGUCUUUGCCAACAUAAUCAGUAAACAGAUGUCAUUGCAGUCAUCAAGUGGCACUACAAAAUGUUCCAGAGUCCAAUGCUUUUGAGGACUUAAACAACACAAUAAUUGUACACUUUUGUUGGUGUUCACAGCACAAAUAAAAAUUCCUUAAAUCCUUAAAAGUCUAAGAAGGUUAUAAAAGAUAGAUGCCAGAAGAGAAGAGAAGGGAAGAUGAAAACUUUUUGAGGAAAUAAGGUUCUUGUGAGAGGCAAGAAAGAAGGAACAAAAGGAGAAAAUGUUCUCUAGUUUUCUCCUGCUCCUCAACCCACAGUCAGACACUUCCACUACAGGGUAAAAGCAUUUUACAGAGAGUAAAGAAAAAGGAGAACAUCACUUCUGGGAUAAAAGCAGUGCAUGUCCCCUACAAUGAGGCAGGUGCCAGUGAAAGGUGAUCACUUAACUCUAGUAGUCACCUGCAGAUAUUUCAAAGCUGUUCACACAAGCCUUCACAAACUCGUUUAGCUAUGGCAUGAUACUAAAACAUGGGCAAUCUUUAUCAUAUGUUUUCUCAACACUUUCCUGUGUGUUCUGAAGGGUAUAAAAUACUUUCCGUAAUCAAAGUACCUCACAGAACCACUGGUGGCAUUCUUUAUUUUCUGUCAUCAUGCAAAAGUUGUUAAAUUGCUUGACUUCAUUUUCCAUUCUUAAAUAGUUUGUUGUUUUUGGCCUGACAUUUGGCAGUCAGUAGUCAUUUUUGAUCUUUAUUUCGUCAGUCUUGACAGAUGUUUAUCAUAAUGUUUAUUAUUGAAGAAAUUCAUUAUAUAAAUUGGAAUUUGCUGGAGGCAGAUAUUAGUCAGGCCCAGUCUUUUUUGGCCUAUAGCUAUCCCUAGGGACAAGCAGAUACAUUUUGUGCCAUAGUCAUUAAUGAAAGCCUAGCUACGAAAGAGUCUGUACCAUAUGCCCCACCAAGUUCUUUUUUGCUGUCUGAAGUAUGUGGUUAUUUCCCUUUGGUGGCUCAUUGGUCAUUUCCUAGGCCUCUGACUUUGGCAGUGAUAAGUACAAAUAGUCUGUAAACUUUAUUCUCUUUAUUAUAAUAAAAAUAUGUCUUUUGUA